CGUUGUUUGCUUUCUAUAAAAAGUGCCUACCAAAGUGAAGAGAUGUUCAGUUGUUGAAUUGCAAGUAGAAGACAAUGAAGUGCUUGGGGUUGUGCCUGCUGCUGCUGCUGUCGCUGUUAAGUGUGUUGCAAGCUGCACCACAGGCACGGCUACGCAUACAUGUGCGCAAUGGCGAUAUAAAAGUGCAUGGAAAUUGCAAUCAUUGCAAUAUACGCACCACCAAAAAUACAGCUGAGGUGUCAAUGAGAUUGAAAGGUUGAGUUCAGACAACUGCAUAGCUUAAGUUAUUUAU